GCGGGCCCGGCCGCGGCCCACAGAGCCGUCCCCGCCCGCCCGCGCCCCGACCAGCCCGGCCUCGGGCAGCCACUCACCGGUGUCCCCCGUCCGCGUCCUUCCUCCCCGGGUCCCGGCCAUGGCGCUGAGUGAACCCAUCCUGCCGUCCUUCUCCACUUUCGCCAGCCCGUGCCGCGAGCGCGGCCUGCAGGAGCGCUGGCCGCGCGCCGAGCCCGAGCCCGGCGGCACCGACGACGACCUCAACAGCGUGCUGGACUUCAUCCUGUCCAUGGGGCUGGACGGCCUGGGCGCCGAGGCCGCCCCGGAGCCGCCGCCGCCGCCGCCCCCGCCGCCUGCGUUCUAUUACCCCGAACCCGGCGCGCCCCCGCCCUACAGCGCCCCCGCGGGUGGCCUGGUGUCUGAGCUGCUGCGACCCGAGCUGGACGCGCCGCCGGGGCCCGCACUGCACGGCCGCUUUCUGCUGGCGCCGCCCGGCCGCCUGGUCAAGGCCGAGCCCCCUGAAGCGGACGGCGGCGGCGGCUACGGCUGCGCCCCCGGGCUGAGCCGUGGACCGCGCGGCCUCAAGCGCGAGGGCGCCCCGGGCCCGGCGGCCUCGUGCAUGCGAGGUCCCGGGGGCCGCCCCCCGCCGCCGCCCGACACCCCGCCGCUCAGCCCCGACGGCCCAGCGCGCCUGCCCGCGCCCGGCCCGCGCGCCUCUUUCCCGCCGCCUUUCGGUGGCCCUGGCUUCGGCGCGCCCGGGCCCGGCCUGCAUUACGCGCCGCCUGCGCCCCCAGCCUUCGGUCUCUUCGACGACGCGGCCGCCGCCGCGGCAGCCCUGGGCCUGGCGCCCCCCGCCGCCCGCGGUCUCCUCACGCCGCCUGCGUCCCCGCUGGAGCUGCUGGAGGCCAAGCCAAAGCGCGGCCGCCGCUCCUGGCCCCGCAAACGCACCGCCACUCACACCUGCAGCUACGCGGGCUGCGGCAAGACCUACACCAAGAGUUCGCAUCUGAAGGCGCAUCUGCGCACGCACACAGGUGAGAAGCCCUACCACUGCAACUGGGACGGCUGCGGCUGGAAGUUUGCGCGCUCAGACGAGCUCACGCGCCACUACCGCAAGCACACGGGCCACCGGCCAUUCCAGUGCCAUCUGUGCGAUCGUGCCUUCUCCCGCUCCGAUCACCUGGCGCUGCACAUGAAACGGCACAUGUAGCCGGGACGCCCCCGCCCACCUGCGCGCGGCCGUGGCGGGUCCCACGCGCCGGGCGCGGCCCCCUCCCGAACUGUGACUGGUAUUUAUUGGACCCAGAGAACCGGGCCGGGCACAGCGUGGCUACAGAGGGUCUCCCUCGAUGACGACGACGACGCCACCACCCCAGCCCCUGUCUGUGACCGAAGGCCCGGUGGGAAAAGACCACGAUCCUCCUUGACGAGUUUUGUUUUUCAAAAUGGUGCAAUAAUUUAAGUGGCAUCUUCUCUCCCACCGGGUCUACACUAGAGGAUCGAGGCUUGUGAUGCCUUGUGAAGAAAUAAGGGCCUUAAUUUGUAC